UUACAAAUUAUACUAAAUGUUGCAUUCACAGCUGUUGAACGGCCUUGAAAUAAAAUUAUUAUUACGCUGUUGUUGCAACAAACAAUUGGCAGUGACAACAAUUAAGAAAAAACAGAAGGGCAGCAGCGCAGCAUUUUUAAAUCCAAAAUCUAAAACAGGUGUCCAUUCAACAACAGAAACAACCAACAAAGGGCUGCAGCUAUUUAGUUUUAAAAACUUAAUAGCAAUUAUGAAUAACGAAAUAAUAACAACGUCAUCUCAAGAAAAUGUUCCACCAUCAGCGACUGCAGCAAGUAGAGACUUAUCAGACGCCACAACAGCGGCAUCCUCAACAACAGGUGAUCAAAGUAUGAAAAUAAAUAAAGUUAUUAAAAAAUACUUGGCUGCAUUUGAUUUUGAUUACACGGUAGUGGCCCAGAAUACCGAUACUGUCAUACGUGACCUCUUGCCACCCGAUAAGUUAACCAAAGAUAUGCAGGAUAUAAUAGAGGUUCAAGGCUGGACUGAGUAUAUGGCUGAAGUAUUUCGUCGUCUGCAUGCCUGUCACAUAAAACCGGACAAGAUACUACAAACCAUACACGGCAUACCAGAGGUGCCUGGUUUUGUUCGUAUGCUAAAGAGGCUUAACACUAAAUAUGGUUGCGAUUUGAUUGUCAUUAGCGAUUCCAAUAGUGUUUUUAUAGAAGAAUGGAUCAAAUCACAUGGUCUACAGGAAAAUUUCACAAAAGUCUUCACCAAUCCGGCUCAGUUUGAGGAUUCGGGACUGUUGACCAUUAAACCCUAUCAUCAUCAAACCGAUUGUCGUCUCAGUGCUGUCAAUCUGUGCAAGGGUAAAGUUUUGGAACAUUUUAUGAUUGAACAAGAUUUGCGCCAUAAUAUUACCUAUGAACGUGUUAUUUAUGUGGGCGAUGGCAAUAAUGAUAUCUGCCCUGUGACCAAAUUGCGCAAUCGUGAUAUAGCCUGUGCAAGAGAAGGUUUUGCCAUGGCCAAAACUUUAGCCAAAAAUCCCAUGAAACUAAAAGUACGUGCCGAAUUUAUUACCUGGAAAAGUGGUUUUGAUCUCCUAGACCAACUGGAGCGCCAUAUGGAAAAAUUGGCCAAGCAACAGGAAAAAGAAAAAGAACAUGAGUCACAACACUCCACAGCAGUAGUGGCAGAUAUUCCUCAAGCUACCAACACAGAAACUACCAAAGUUCAUUAGAUGGCCAAAGCCCGGAGUAUUAGUUAGAGAAUUUUAAAACAAACUCAUUAUUUACUACAAUUUUAAGAGCAUGUAAUUUUGUAGUAUAAAAACUCAUUAAAGGAACGUCUAUGGUUUUUAUCUGUUCAAAUUUCCUGCGCUAUACAUUCAAGUUUGUUUUCAUUCACCUUUUUUUCAAAAUGUUCGCUAGCUUAUCAGUUCACCUGCAAACACAAAUGCAAAUAGUGUUAGUUAGUGUCUUGUCUUGUUAUUAUGUCUUCUCUUUAAUAUGUAUGUAUAUGCAGCUGCACGUGUUGUCUUAAUUUUAAAUGUUGCUAUUUUUAAAUUGUAAUUUUGUUGUAAUUUGUUUAAAUAAAUGUUAAACUAUUUACUGUAUAAUUACUGUAUGUAUUUUGUAAAUAUAUUUAAGAUCAUUGCAAUCGUCAUUUGUGGGGACAGUCAUUUCUUUCAAGUUAA